UGUACUCUUUCAUAUCAGUUGUAGAAAGAAAGAAGCGUUUCAGUUAUUUAACAGCACACUGCUUCAGAAGCAUGAAGAGCCUGUGGUUUUUGCUACUCACUUUAUUCUCUGAAACCAGAAGUAUGAAUGUGGCAAAAUCAGUUCAGGAAGUUGAAGGUAAACAACUUGAAAUAAUUUGCUCUUAUGAUGCUGCGUACAAAAGCUACAUAAAAUACUGGUGUCGUGGAUAUUACAAGAGUUCCUGCAACAUAGUAAUUAAAACAAAUGACAUCAGUUCUACAGAUGAUGGCAGGAUAACAAUUGAAGACAAACCUUCACGUCAUCAAAUAAAAGUAACUAUACACCCAUUAAAAUUACAAGACGCUGAUUGGUACUGGUGUGGAAUUCAGAUCAAUUAUGGAUAUGAUGACAUGGACUAUACAGAGAUUAAGGUGGCCAAAGAUGAAUGCAAAGAACAUAGAGGAAUCUGCGGUAAUUAUGCUGAGUGUAUCAGUACCUAUGGAAGCUACCACUGUACAUGUAAACAAGGAUUCAGGACUAAUUUUCCAAGUAAUAAGUUCACAAAGUCACACUGCAAAGGUCAGCCAUGUCAGUGUUACCCUGAUCCUACAACUCCACAGCAUUCUUUUGUAAACUUAAAUUUAACCGAAGAAACUCAGAAUAUAUUUAAUGCAAUCGUGUCUACAAAAGUUAACAAUUCAGCUAUGGAGAUGCAGAAUGUAACAGUACUCUUAAAGAAAUUGGAACAAUAUAUCUUGGAUGAUGUUUUGUCAUCACUGAACAAAAGUGAAGCAAAAGAAGGAAAAAUAAGCUGGGAAGUAAAUAAAACUGUUAUUACUGCCCAGUCUGUGCCACUUAAUAGUAGCGAUGUCGAAGAAAUGUUGAACUUAACAGCUGGCAGUGCCACCAUGUCUAUUAAGAAGAAAACAGUUAUUAAUGGGAUCAGUGCAGGUUUUCUCCCUGUUGCUGUACUAAUGUCACUCCAUGAAACUGGUAUUGAAGCUAUACUGUCUGGUGAUCAUCUGAGGAACAACAGUCCAUCAAAUAUCACAUAUGAAGUAAACUCUAAUGUUAUUAUCGCUACAGUAUCAAGUAAACCGAAACAUAAUCUCCCAAAUCCAGUCAUUUUCACAUUUCAGAAAAAUAAGAUUCAAUACAAUAAAGCUGAAUCAUCUAAAUGUGUUUUCUGGACUACUGAUGACAAUAACACAAGUUACUGGUCGACAGAAGGAUGUACGCUUUCUGAAGAGGAUACCAACCAGACACACGUAACAUGUCACUGUUUCCACUUAAGCAGCUUUGCUGUACUAACAAGUGUAAGCGAUACAUUUCAGGAUGAAGAACCGCUAAAGACAAUUUCAGAUAUUGGACUUAUUCUCUCAGUCAGUUGCUUAAUCAUUUGCGUCAUGACAUUUUGGUUGUGCAAGUCAAUUCAGAAUGCAGGCACAACACUACUCCUUAACCUUUGCUUAUGCCUUCUCGUUGGAGAUCUUCUUUUCCUUUUUGGCAUCUCCCAGGUCGGGAAUAAGAUGCUGUGUAAAGUCAUUGCAGGGUUUCUGCAUUACCUCUUCUUGGCCUGCUUUGCCUGGAUGUGUCUCGGUGCACUGCAGCUACAUCUUAUGGUACAAAAUAUGAAGAUGGUCAAAGCUUUCCGAACACACGUCAUCCGAAGACGAUACAUGUAUCCUGUGGGAUAUGGAGCACCUGCUGUAAUAGUGGCAAUUUCUGCAUCUGUCUUCCCAGAUGGAUAUGGAACAGACAAAGUAUGCUGGCUAAGUUGGAUUAAAGGCUUUCAAUGGAGUUUCGUGGGACCUGUAUGUUGUGUAAUCUUGAUUAAUAUCAUUCUGUUCAUCAAAACUAUCCACAUGUUAAGACAGCAUUUUUCAACACUAAACAAAGAUGUAUCCACCAUUAAGAACACAAGGUAUGGAAUUUUUUAA